AAAAGUAUAUAAAUGAAAAUAAUAUAACUAACAACAUGGAUGUGGUCAAUGAUUCAUUUGCUACAUCAGCUACAUUAAACAGUAUAGAGGAGACUCCAUCUCCAAAAGUAAUCAGUCCUAAAAUUGAAUGGAUGGUAGGACAGUUAGCAUGGGCCAGAGUUGGUAAUUUUCCAUUCUGGCCUUGUAUGGUAACAUAUGACCCAACUGCAGGAAUAUAUCAUAAAUCAAAUGCUACAAAUAGAUCAGCUAGUAUGAUAAUACAUGUUCAUUACUUCGGAGAUGGAGGACGUCACAGCUGGGUCUCAGAAAAUAAUAUGAUACAAUUUACAACUCUUUCUGACUUCCUGAAACUAGCACAAUCACUGACAAUAGACAAAAAGAAGAAGGAUCCUAAGUUUGCUGCUGCAUUUAUUAUAAAACAAGGAUUGAAAAUAAAAUGGCAUAUUGCUAUUCAAGAAGCUAUGAAAGCACAACCUUUGACAAUUGAAAAAAGAGUUGCACUUUUUACAGUAAAAGUUGGAGUUCCAAAAUCUGAAAAUACAAAGCCACUUACUAUCAAUGAAAAAAAUAGUAACAAGAAGAAACUUUCAACUGAGCAAGAUGGACCUGACGUCAAAUGUGUUAAACAGGAUAAUGGGUAUAAUACAGAAAAAGUAGAGGAAAAAUUGAAGUUAUGUAGAGUGGAACUAACAAGAACGAAAAUUUCACAUAUUAUAAAUGAUAAAACGAUUAUUUCGAAACUUAAUUUAGAUUCUUUACCUUCAUCUUCAGAUCAAAAAGGUUUCUCUGAAGAUAUAGAUAGAAAAAUCUAUAAAAGUGUCAAGGAUGAUGAGUUUGUAUUUAGAAUUUAUUAUGAAAAUAAUUUAAUUCUGUUAGAGAAAGAUUAUCCAGAUAUACCAAAAAGCACUAUUACAACAUAUUUGCGAAAACUUUGGGACAGAAUGGAUGACGAAUACCUGAAAAAAAUGUGCAAAAAUUAUGACAAAUGAAGAUAGUCAUUAGAUUAUUAAGUAUAUGAAUAUACUGUAUGCUGAUGCUUAGAGUAUUCUGAAUAUUUACUCUCAAAAACAUAAAGAUAUGUUAAUAAAAUAAAAUACCUGUGAAAUUAUUUUGACGAAUGCCGUUUUCUCGC